GUCCGCCGGCGUCUAGAUCUGCCCCGCGAACUCGCCGGAAGGGACUGUCGCGGGCCGGAAGUGAUGAGCGCUCCGCAGGCCCGAGAUGAAGCCGGCCGUGGACGAGAUGUUCCCCGAGGGCGCCGGGCCCUACGUGGACCUGGACGAGGCGGGAGGCAGCACCGGGCUCCUGAUGGACUUGGCCGCCAACGAGAAGGCGGUGCAUGCGGACUUCUUCAACGAGUUCGAAGACCUCUUUGAUGACGACGAUGUCCAGUGAGGCCGGAGUAGCAGCAGCCGCGGCCAGGCCUCUUGUCACGGGGCCCUGUGGCAGCGUGUGGACACAGCCACGAUGGCGUUGAAGGACUUGUGGAGACCACCUGCGGCCCCUGCCUGGCUUCCCCCGCGAUGCGGACCCUGACUGUCUAGCUUUCAUCCUUGUCUCAAGUAAAAAGAGCACGGUGGUCACCGCAGUGGGCUGUGUGCUCAUGUCCCGCA